CGGCUGCUAUCCCUUCGACAGUCAUCUUCACUUGAAACUGAAACCGACCGUCUGCUCUUCUCAACACCCAUUUCCGAGUUUCUGAUAGCUCGUGACUCUAGAACCCCAUCUGAACUUGAUUGGGCCUCCAAUGGUUGCUCUUUCUCACCGGAAGAACCCCUAGGCUUCGACUUCGAGCCAUCUUGUCAGCGACAUGAUUUCGGUUACCGGAACUACAAGGCCCAAAGAAGAUUUACCGACUCGGGAAAGGCAAGCAUAGACGAUAACUUCAAAAGAGAUAUGGACAACCAAUGUGCUACGGAAGGGGUUCUCGAGGAUUUGUGUGGUGGUGUGGCUGAUUUGUAUUAUCAGGCCGUAGUCAAUUUUGGCAGCCGAGUGAAAAGG